UAUCGGCAAUGAAAGACCGCUUCAUAAUCUGCUAGAAAUUUCGCCGGGUAUAAGUUGGCUAGUUUUUUUUACCAGCCGGUUAAGAAAAUAUUUUACUUUAACGAAAAUGGAGAGGAUUCGAAACGGUGGACCGAAGGCAAAUGGCUUUGCGACGGGGAAAAAGCUAAAUGGAAUUGAUCAACUGGCGUGGCACAAAAUUUCGUACAAAGCAUUGUUUGGCCUUCUCUUUGUCACCCCGGCCCUGGUGCAGUAUAGUUUGGGUUUGCCUUAUUGGUGCUAUCCAAUAACCUGUGCCGUCCUGUUUCUGCCAGUAUUUGGUGUCUUUAUGGUGGUAUUCAACCGAAUGUGUGUCGCGGAAAGCGGUACGAAAUCAACGAAUGUCAAACGGUUCAUUGAAUUCACAGACCAGAUUCUCGCUUCAAAAUACGCCAAUCGAAAAAUACCAAUGAUAGUCCUUUACGAGGCCUACGCUGAUGGCAAGCUAGACUUCAAAUGUGAUGUGCUAGAAGCUUUAGAAAACCGUCACCAAUUCUGUACCUACGAACUGACAUUUGAACAUAUUAAGUUCUUGCUCUGUAAUUUUAUUCCUGAAGUGAUUUUUCACUCAAGAAAUCAAGACGCCGAACAAGUUUGUGAUCACUACGACCGAGGCAAUGACUUUUAUCGCGGAUUUCUUGGUCCCAUGAUGAUUUACACAUCAGGAAUAUGUAGAGAUGAAACGGAAAAUCUCGAAGAUAUGCAGGUGAACAAGCUGAAAAGUGUGUGCGAGAAGUGUCAGUUGAAAGAAGGCGAGCGGCAUUUAGACAUCGGCUGUGGGUGGGGUACCCUGGUCAAUUAUGCAGCAGAAAAUCACGGAACCUACUCAACUGGCGUUACUAUAGCCAAUCGUCAGGUGGAGUGGGCUGAGGGUGUAGCAGAAGAGAAGAAGCUUGGUACCCGCAGUAAAUUCCUCUGCCUAGACUACCGUGAUAUACCAAACGUGCAGUUCAACAAAAUCACAUGUCUGGAAAUGGCAGAGCAUGUUGGUGUGAGGAAAUUUCAAUCCUUCCUUGCCCAGGUCCGUGACAUGCUGGAGGAUGAUGGCAUCUUCUUUCUUCAAAUUGCUGGGCUCCGUCGAACCUGGCAGUGGGAAGAUUUCAUCUGGGGUCUGUUCAUGGCAAAAUAUAUCUUCCCAGGUGCAGAUGCAAGUUGUCCAUUGGGUUGGGUUGUCACUCAACUAGAGCAGGCUGGCUUUGAGGUCCAUUCUUCAGAAACCAUUGGGGUUCACUACUCCCUGACAAUCAAUCACUGGUACGAUAACUGGAUGAAGCCCCAAACCCAAGCUGUCAUGACAGAAAAGUAUGGCAGAGUCGUGCGAAUCUGGAAUAUUUUCCUGGCAUGGUCAACUAUAAUAGCUCGUCAAGGCAAUUCAACUUGUACUCAGCUGGUAUGCCAUAAAAAUCUAAAUGUGUAUGAUCGCUUGAAAUUAUUCAAGGUGAAAUCAAAGUGAGUGGUUUUAUAUUCUAGCAUGAAACAAAUCUAGGUGUCUUGUGAAAGAGUCUUCAAUCGUGAUCUAGAAUAUCAACCUUCAUUUUACAUGUGACACAGUUUCAUGGGGAAUGUAUCAGCUAGGUUUCAUUGUAACUUAAAUUUUAAGGGAUGUGUUACUAUUUACAUGAAAAAUGUGUCAAGAUGUACCUGUUAUCAAGUCCUAUCUACAGUCUAUGCAUGAUUCCAUCAGGACUAAAAAUAAUUUUGACACUUUCUCUUUUUAUUUACAGUAAUCAGAAUUCUUUUGAUUUGUGAUGUCACACUAUUCUUUCCUUCAUUUAAAUUUCUGUAGAAACAUAAUUUUUGGCCAGUUGAGCUAGCCAACAGAAAGAUUUUUUUAACAAUUUGAAGCAAAUUUUCUGAGUGACUUAAAAAUUUUUAUUUCACUUAGUCAGAAAUGUGUUCCCACUCUUGCAAGUAUCAAAUUUGAUUUCUUUCAUAUUAUAUAUUUAACAAUAUUGACCCAUUUAGAUUGACAGUUGUUAGCUAGCUUUUUGAGAAAUGGAAAUUUAACUGGUUCAAACCAUGCACAAAGCAGAAUUACUUUCCUUAUUUUCCUAAGAAAUGUUUAAGAUAUCAACAUGUGUAGUAAACAAACUGGUGAGUGGCUGCUCAAUGCCCUCACUGAUUCCAUUUCUUGAUUAGUUGUGUGAUGGUAACUACACAGUGAAGAAACAAAUAGAAUGUUUUGAAUUUACACCUGAGUAAGUGACGAUGAAAAUUUACAUUUGAGAAAAUUUACAUAUGUCAGUGUUGUUAUUUAAGAGAACACGGUCAUUUUUUUUUUCCUUUCUGCAGUGUAGGAUUUACUUUAAAGAAAAGGGGUGGUGGUUGGGUGAAACAGCUGUUAUAUAUAGCAGCAUAACUAUGAUUGAACACCAUCUGUCAUGCUCAUUAGUCACUUACAAUGUUUUUUGAAUAACUAACUGCAUCAAUGACCAUGAGAUAGUCAUAGCCUCAAAAAGUUAAAAAUUGUUGAUCUGGUCUGUUGAGCAAGAAUGAUUGCCAGUAGGAAUUCUGAAGGCAUAUUUUGUGAGAAUUAGCAUGAUAUUUAUUUUACAAGGAAGAAUUUCUUCAGGUUCUGUGACUGAGAUUGUAUUUAUGGCCACUCCUUAAUUCAUUAGAAUACAAAAAUUAUAUCUAGUUGAGUGGAAUUUAAUGAAAAUUCUAAAGUAGGGUUUCUGUUCACCUCAGCCAAUUUUAUAUGUUAUAUCAAGGAGAUGUUUUUUCACUUUUUUCAGGUUCAGUGCCUUUUCCCAUCUCACAAAGAUAGGCAGACUUUUUACAUAAUGUCAAGUUUUCCUUAUUUCACUCCCAUAUUGGCCUUUUUGUUUUAAUCAGAAUUUCAAGCUCACAGAGUUGUAAAUGAUUUAAAUUGUGUUCCUAAUCUGCUGUUUUUUUUUUAAGCCAGGAACUUAUGACUGUAAGCUAGAUUUUACUGAAAAGAAGAUUAUUGUUAUGGAAAUAAUUAAAGCAAAUUGAUGCCAGCUGAUUAAAAUAAUAAAUUGCACAUAAAUAUAUAGAACAACAUGGAUCAGUGAUUCCUUUUAAGACUAAAUUUAAAUGAUUCUCAUAAAUUUUGCUCUCCUCCAGAAUAAUGUUAAGUUAAUAUAUAUUAAAUUAAUGUCACUUUUUCUCUCCUUUAAUUAAGUUUCUGCUAUCCUUAUUACAAUCAGUGUUGAUGUAAAACAUAUAUUUAUUUAAAUCAGCAGCGGUAAAAAAAUAUUUAUUGAUAAGGUAACUUACAUUAAUUGAAAUUUACAGAUAAAAACAUACUUAAAGCAGGGUUUAAUUCAGGCAGAUUGUCCUUGAAGAGAAGCAUUUUGGCUAAGCUUCAUAAAUUUCUUCAAUAUGUACUCUUAAAUGUUUUGUUUAGUCUUAAAUGUUUUGUUUUUAUUAUGGGGCUGAAAUUUGUUUUGUCAGCUAAUGUACUUGCUUUUUCAGUGUCAAUUGACUGUUGAUAUUAAAACAGCAAUAUUUUUAUAUCUAAGCUUAACUCAGGAAAUUUCUCUGACUUGUAACAUUUGGGUAGCAUUAAGAAUGAAUGAUCUGCCACUAAAUGCAGUCUUCACCAGUUAAAAUCUCAUUUAUUUACAAAACAGUGUUACUUGUACAGAGUGUUUUUCAUUUGUGGGUUUGUUAUGGUGUGAUUCUAGUGUGAUUUUUGCUUAGAGAAUAAGAAUGAAAACUGUUUCUUUGGAGAGCUGGAAUAAGAAAAUUGGAAUGCAGUUUUUAAGUAAUCGUGUGCCUUUACUCAUAACUAUGUGUAAAUAAAGUAACUUUUCUUUGUGCUUUGCCCAUCUUGCAAAUGAAAGACCUUAUGGAAAAUUUGCAUACAAAAAUUGGACAUUUACAGUCAUUGCUUGACAAGCAUAUGAACUGCAGAUGGAAAUUUAAAAUAGUUCACAGUACAAAAGAGUUUUUAGAGUUGAAUUGACUGCAAAAUGUGCUUCAAGGGAAAAGCCCCUAUGUUAAAAUCAGAGGAAGAUUCAGGUGAACAGCAUUCAAGUUAUGAAGGGUCCACUAUAUGUAGAAGUGAUUACUUUCAUAGUAUCCUGAGUUUACUUGGCUGUGCCAAGUUAUAUAUAUUACUGAUGAGAGGUAUGGCCUUGGGCUAAAAGUAGCAUGUCUUAAUUGUGGUAGUCAUGAUACAAAAGUGUGGCAAAAGUGCUAACAGCUGGGCUAAAAGAAAGUAUUCUUGCUGGCAAGGAUAUCUUCAGUGUUUUUGUCAAUGCCCUUGUAUCUUGAUUUUUCAUCGACUGAAUCAACAAUACCAUAGUAUUAUUAGCAGCAAAACUCUUACACCACAGGACAGUAUGCUAUGUACGUGAAUUGAAAUUCAUUUAUUUUUUAUCAUUAAUAUGAUAAUUGACUUACUUAUUAUGCUUAUACUUAGUGUUAUCUUAUAUUUCUGUUAGUUAUCAAUAAUGUUACAGUUCUUACAUAAUGCUAUAUUAUUAUGUAAAAUGAAUUGUUAGCAUGGGAUGCUUUUCACAAAGAUCAGUUCUGAUCUUUGGUCACAGCUCUUUUGUAUUACAGUUUCUCAUGGAAGAUUUCUAAUUCGAAUACAAGGUAUAUCAUAUAACUGUUAUUCAAGACCCCAUACUAGUCUUCCCUCCUUCAUGUAGAAGUGAAAAGUUUCAAGUGUUUCAAUGUAACAAGUAUUGCUUUGUUUGGGCAAGAAGACCAUAAUAAGGAGAGACUUUAAUUAGUAAACAGCAUUACAGUAAAUGCUUGAACUGAUUCAAUUUUGAAAAGAUAAUUAAGCUGCAUUUGUUCUCAGGGCCGUCAAAUAGAUUUUGAGUAACUGGAGUAUGUACCAAACAGGGCAGCAGUAGAUGUUAAAGACCCUUUUAUGGGCAAGGGCUCAGGGAGCCACCAGCUUUGAGAAUGGCCAAGGUGUUUUUUGCCAGUGGCCAGUUUCUUUUGACAACUCUGUGGACAAACUGUUGUAGUAGAAAACGUUUCAGUGUGAGCUGUAAUGGAGGAUUUCAUUCAUGACUGUUGUAAUGGAUUGAAUCAGCACUAGCCAAGUAAAUGUGUGUGUAAAAAAAGCCCCAUGGUCUUGAGAUAAUUUUUUAACUGAUCAAGAUCAAAAUUGACUCUCUGCAUUUUCCGCACCUCCGUCUAGUUUCAGUCAUAAUCUUUGCUAGAAAACUAUUUAUUUGGUUCUCUGGUAAAAUGAUAACACAAAAUGCUAACCUCUGCUUCAAAUUUAGUAUUUAAAGUUAUGCCCUGCAAUCCUGAAAUCAACUGCAAAGUUACCAAGGGUCUUGUUUCACACACCUCUUAUUUACUGUAGUUUGUCUGGAAAGUUUAAAUUACCUAAAUAUACUAAAUGUCUAUUUAUAAUAAAGGUGUUAAUUAAGGUUUAUUUUAAAUGAGAACCAGGAGAGGAGGAUUUUCAUGAAAGUGGAAAGUAUUGUUUUUAUUAGGGGAUCAAAUAAACUGAUAACAUGUGUAACAUGGUUAAUUUUCUUGGUGCUGGUAAUUUAUUGAGUAGCAUCUUAAGCAAUUUCCAUAUCAGUUUGCAUUAGUUUGUGUUGAAAAUAAAUUUAUGGUGAGAAGCA